AGUAUCGGAGCCAACGUAACUGACAAAAACAUGAAUUAGCCGUUGGGACGAGUGACGACUUUUUUUACUAUCAUUUUCUUCUCUCACUCUUAUUUCUUUCUUCUUCCCCAAAAAGCAAAAAAACCCUAAAGAAGCUUCGUUUCUAUUGAUAAUGGCGGAUUUUGGGUAUUUUUCGGAUACAGACGAUUCAGCAGUGGAAGAGUUGGUUUCUCAAGCGAAGGAGCUUUCGGCUUUGGAGCAAAUAGCUGCAAUCAAUUGUUCAGGAUUCACCGAUUCUACUCUUCCCGAUGAUCUCGAGUCUCGUUUCCGUCGCCUCAAAUCUCUUCCAGCUCCUCCACGACCCGACCCUGUUUCCUCUUCUUCGUCGAAGAAUACGAAUAAGCAUCUCACGCAGUCCAGGAGCGUUGCGAGUCAUCAUCCCAAGGAGGAUGAUAAAUUCUCAGGAAAUCGAAGUAAUCCAGGUAAGAAACCUGGUCCUGUGACUUUAUCCGAUGAGGAUUCGAGUAAUUUAUCGAGGAACAAACGAGAUCUGGACUUGAAAUCGAGUUCGCGAGCUGAGCUUGUCUCUAACGGAAGCGGAGAUUUCUCCGAUUCUGGAAACGAGAGUAAGAUUUUCUCGCCAGUGAAACAAACCAAGAAGAAGCUACCCAAAGAGAAACGCAGAAUCGUAUCAUCACCGUCUUCGUCAUCUUCAAUUGAUUUAGCUACACCACCAUCAUCAACAGAUUCAGAGCCAGAGAAAAGAUCGAAGUCGAAAUCAAAAUCCAAAUCAUCCUCCUCAUCAACCUCAUGGUUCGACAAGUUAUCUCCGUCGAAAAUCAUCAGAUCAAUUUGGCGUUCUUCGCCGAAUAAAUCGUCAACAAACAACAAGAAGAAUCUGAAAAGUUGUAAAUCGUUUAACACCGCUGCUACUUAUUCCUCUGGUCGAGAGAGGAACAUCGAUUUCGACGAGUUUUUAUCUGAUCUCAAUGCAUUUCCAGUGGAAGAUCAGAGAAAAAUGUUGAAGAAAGCUCUCAAAGAGCAGCAGAAGAUGAGGAAAGAAGCAGCUGAGAUCAUCAAAAUGGCGAAACAAGCAUCAGCUAGAUUCGAUUUUGAUGAUUAAAGAAAGAUAGAAUUGGGAAAGAAUCUGCUAUUUGGGUUUUUUGGGGUUUGGCUGGUUCGGUUCAGUUGUUUUGGUUAUUUAAUUUUCCCGGUUUGAAGAUAUAUAAAAUGUAACCAGAAGUAUAAAUAAGAAUUAUAAUUUAAUUAUAUCAACAAAGCUAUUGUGUUGA